GCAAAGGAGCGAGUCAGAAUCCUCCACUGCAUAAGGCAUAAACUAGAGGAAGCAGCAAAUAGCUUUCUGCAAAAUCUGUUCGUUCGUUUCUGCGUGUCUUGGUUUUUGCAGAAACCGAUUGGCGAAAGAUGGACUCGGUUGAGGCACUGGUGACCCAAAUCCAGGGGCUUUCGAGCACCGCCGGAGACGUAUCGCGGCUCCACAUAAUUCUCAAGCAAUCCGACGACUCGCUCCACCCCGAGUCGACUCGGUUGUUCCCUGCUCUUGACCAGCUCGACCCCUCCAAACACUCUCUCGGAUAUCUCUACAUCCUAGAAGCAUGCUCAUCUGGUCCGGUUUCAAAAGAGCGAGCUAGUUCCCUGGUCUUAACCAUCUCCAGAUUCAUCAGUUCUUGUGCGGCGGAGCAAGUUCGUUUGGCGACUGAGAAAUUUGUAUCCGUUUGUAAGAGAUUGAAAGACCAAGCUUUGCUCCUCGAAGCUCCGAUGCGAGGUGUGGCGCCAAUGUUAACGGCUAUUAGGAAACUUCAGACCUCAUCGGAACAUUUGACUGCAUUGCAUCCAGAGUUUCUACUUCUCUGUUUGUUGGCCAAAUGCUACAAAACUGGCUUGUCUGUUUUACAUGACGACAUUUCCGAGGUUGAUCAGCCGAGAGAUCUUUUUCUCUAUUCCUAUUACGGAGGGAUGAUAUGUAUAGGGCAAAAGAAAUUUCGCAAAGCGUUGGAGCUUCUACACAAUGUUGUAACUGCACCCAUGUCUUCUAUCAAUGCCAUAGCAGUUGAAGCAUACAAGAAAUACAUACUAGUUUCUCUCAUUCACCAUGGACAAUUCUCCACCAAUCUCCCAAAGUACACCUCUUCAGCAGCUCAGAGGAAUCUAAAGAAUUUUUGUCAGCCCUACAUUGAAUUGGCAAAUAGCUAUGGUACAGGAAAGGUGACAGAGUUAGAGAUAUACGUUCAGACAAACAGAGAGAAGUUUGAAAGUGACAACAAUCUUGGAUUGGUAAAGCAGGUUGUAGCUUCAAUGUAUAAACGAAAUAUUCAGAGAUUGACGCAGACAUACUUGACUCUCUCCCUCCAAGAUAUAGCCAGCACAGUUCAAUUAAACAGCGCUAAGGAGGCUGAAAUGCAUGUGCUACAAAUGAUCCAAGAUGGGGAGAUAUACGCAACGAUCAACCAGAAAGAUGGCAUGGUUAGAUUUCUUGAGGACCCUGAACAAUAUAAAACCUGCGAGAUGAUUGAGCAUAUUGACUCGUCAAUUCAAAGGAUAAUGGCACUUUCAAGGAAGCUGACUGCUAUGGAUGAGAACAUCUCAUGCGAUCCUUUAUACCUCUCAAAGGCUGGAAGAGAGCGACCGAGAUUUGAUCUUGAUGAUUAUGAUAGCGUUCCUCAGAAAUUUAACAUAUGAACUAUGCAAAAGACUGCUCUUCAUAGGGACCCGAAGUGGUGAGAGAUGAUUUGUUGGCCACUUUUAUUGUGCAAAAGAGAUGGAGGAAAGUUUUCAACCAGUUUGGUUCCGGCUUAGAAAUAGAUACCUGCGACCAAGUCUAGUUAUGAAAACAAUUUGUGGGCAUGU